AUGACCAACAACUUACACCCUCCACAAACUCCUAGAUCGACGAGUAAUGGCACCAGAUCUGGUGUUACACCCUCGUUCAGUUUUGGAUUAGGAUUUCUGCCUUCGUUCCAAUUCAGCUCGCCUAUGAAUAUCAUAAAUUCAUUAUCACCGCAAAGGUUCUUCCAGGUAUCGAAUAAUUUGAAUAAAGUUGUUGAUGCUAAAAAUGAACGUGAACAUGAGCAAUACGGAAUCGAAUACGAAACGAAAGGCAGAUCAGAUGAUAAACAAACAAAAAGCAAGAAGAAUAUGUUCAAUUCAUUUACUCCUCCCCCAUCGUCAGGCACUACUAAUAAUAAAUUUCUUGAUGCCAUAGCUUCGCAAGUGAGUAAAAAACACAGACAAAAGGGAGAGGAAAACAAUUCUUCAAAUGAACUAUCCAUAGAUGUCAGUUCAUUAAAUACCGAUAAUACAGCAGGCAAUGAUACGACAGAUUUGACAUCAGUAUAUGUGGAUGAAACCAGAGCUGCAAUAACACCGAAUACAAAUAUUAAGAAUAAAAAUUUGCAUGAAUCACAGUUGAAAGCAGCGCCUAAGUUGGUACCUAUCAAACCCAGAACUGAUAUAUUAGCCGAAAGUUUAGAUAGUUCAACACCAUUACCAAGAAGUUUUAAUGCAAGUGCUUCUAAGACAAGUAAGAAAAGAAAGAUCUCUCACGAUUUUAUUGAAUCCCCAAGUACAUCCAUAGCAUCCAAGAUUGACAUUCUUGCUUCUCCCGCGCCCAGAAAGUUAUCAAGAACUGAUACUUCAUCGAUAGGUAGCGCCAAUACUUAUAAUGACAAAGUUUGGUAUCCAGAAAUUGAUGAAAUUUUGUUAAGUUCAUAUUUAAAAUUCAAAACAUUCAAAGAGCACCAAGAGCCAAAUACUUCGAUAUUAAAAUACUCGUCACAAAAUAAAAUCUUAUCAAGGAUGUUACUCAAUAAAACUGGUGUUUUGAGAACCCCAAAACAGAUCGCAUCCAGACUUUUUCGGUUAACGAAAUUGAAGAGACCUGCUAAGUAUGGGAAGGACUUCAACGAAAGCCCUAUCUUGAAUGAAGAGCUAGACGCCUUGAUGAAUACGCCAUUAGAAGAUUUAAUUGACAGCAGCAAAAUUGAUUCUAUUGAUAGCGAAGAUAUAGAUAAAGAACUAGGAGGUAUACUUUCGUCGUCUCCUAUUUUCAUCCGGGGUAACAAUGAAAAAGAAACAUCUUUCCCUGAUUUUAAGACAAAUUUACCUGAUAAGAAAUGCUCUUAUUCAUUACAUCCGAAAGAACUCUCCAUAAUGUUCAACGAUAAAACAGACCAUCAUAAUUCGCAUAAGUUUACUACUUUCCAUUCAACAUCUCAUACUUCAAUGACUCAAUUGAAAUUACGCAAUAAAUUGAACACGAAUAUUAAUAAAGAAUUGAACAGUUCGCUUCUUUCCAAAGUCAUAUCUUAUAACAUCCCCAUUUGGUUAGUUCGUAACAAUUUAAAUGUUAGUGGCAAUAAAGCUAUAUCUCCAUCUUCUGAUUUAUCACCAUUUUCAUCCACUCCCUCAAUGGCCAAGGCUCCUAAAGUCAUGAACCUUGAAGGUGGCUCUUUCAGUUCCUAUAUCAAAAUUAAUGUAACUAUCAAUAACGGAAAGACACCUGAUAUGUUACAAUGGAAAUGUAUGGCGAAAGUGUAUAAUGGCGAAAGAUUAAUACUAAAGAAGAAUGAAAUAGUGAAUGGUUAUUUGAAUGAGCAAGAAAACACUUUCGACUUACAGAUCCCCUUUUUAAAAGAUUUUUGGUCUGGGUAUUUAGCUUUCUUGAAUGAUGGACAUGACGAUGAUAAUGAGUUACAAAAUUUAUCAGUGAUGCAGAUUAUUUACGAGGACGACAAGGAGUUAUGCUCAAGCUCCCCAGUUUAUGGAGUGAUAAUCCACGAAUUCAAAAAGGAAUUAUUUUCAGAGGGCACAAGUCAUCUUACCAGUAUUCGCAUGAAAGAUAGAGCUUCAAGCCUUGAUGAAGUAGACGAAGUAGAUGAUAAUGCUACUGAAAUUGCAGAUUCAUCCCCAUGUAAAAAUUCAUCUCCUGUCGGAAAACAAAUUUCACCAAGCACACUGAGAACAAAUCAAAAUUUGAAAAUUGACAUUUUCAAGGCUAAUAAUUCGUUUAUAACUCAAGGUCCUUUCACAGCACCAAUUUAUGAUGCAAGCACUGUGCAAAAGUUUAAUCCAAAUGUAGUUAAGCAGCAAGAACAAUUGAAAUUACAGAUACAGCACCACCAAAUACAACAACAAUUACUAAACAAAAUGCAAAUGCAGGGCCAAAUACAGGCGCCGUUACACACGCAAAAUCAUCCUCAAUUACAGACCCAGCAACGAAUUCAAAAUCAGGAUGAAAUAUCUAUGAAUAAAAACAUUCAGUACCAACCAACAUUAAUGCCUUCAAGAUCGACAGGAAAUAUAACUCAAAUCAGGAACUUUUCUCAGCCAGAAUCUCAAUUUGGCUCACAGAAUAUGAACAUACAGACAAAACAACAAGCCAUUGAUACGUCUUCAUUUUUAGCGCAAAAUCAGAAUGAGAAUGAAACACUCAGAUCCGCCGGACCCUACAUAAACACUCCUCAGUUACCGGAUGGUAUGGUAACCUCGACGCCUACUAAGGUUAUUAAUACUGGCGUAAAUUCCUCCCAAUUGCAUUCGUCUCAAGGGCAGAAUCAGAUACCAAUACAAGGCCAAAUAUUUAAUAAUCCGUUAAGAGCGAUACCAUCGCAUCAGCAAAUGAUGGCCAAUGGAUAUACACCUUUCAAUGGUUUUCCUUCGGAAACUCAAGGACAAUAUAUUUUACAACAGCAAUAUCAAAUUCAUCAACAACAGCAGCAACAUCAUAUGUACAUGUUGUAUAAUCAAAUGCAGCAACAACAAUUCCAGGAUAAUUUUGCUACAAAUAAUGCACCUCCUUCUAAUCAAACACAGGGCCAACAGAAUAAAAAGAUCAAGGUUUCUAACUCUGAAUCGAACAAAGAGAACGUGAAACCGAAAGAAAUCACAUUUUGUCCUAUUCUUGAGUAUGAUCCUUCUAAAGAUAUUAGUCAUGCCCAAAAAAAGUCUACAUCUAAACAAGGUAUUGGCAUACACAGAUUCCCGGUGAAUACUCCAGUUAGUAUGUACAAACCAAAAAAGAAAUAG